AUGUAUCCAGCAGAGUCGGUGGGCGCGUCAGAUUUUGCUUGUGAUACAACGCUUCGAAAUGCACAGUUUGCUUCGAGUUUACAGCCGAUUGCCAUUCCAUUGACAGGUGAUGAUCUGGAUAUGGCACAAAUGUUGAAUAAUCAAGUAUUCACAUUGAACGUUGAUUUUAUUAAUACGGCAUUCACUUGUGAGGACAUAAUAGUGGCUGAUUUGCGUGGCACUGUAUGGAAUUCUCUGAAGUACGCAUCCUGUAACUAUUCGAAUUACAUUUUGUCGGUUGGUGUCACGCUCCCGUACAAAGGCAUUACCAUUCGAUUCACUCUGUCGGAUAUCUAUCUGAUUGGCGGACUUCGACUUGGUCUGACGGGUUCGAGUGCAAAAGACGGUCAUAAAACAUUGCAACAACUCGGCUUCUAUCAAUCAUUCAAUAAUACUGGUCAAUUAUUGUCGAGAAAUGUGGAUGUGACCUUGAAAGUAUCGAAAGUGAUAAAUAAAACGAGUGCACUUGCGGGCGGAGACGGAGAUCUGAGCGGUUUGUGGAUUCCAUCUUUUAUCAUCAAUGCAUACGAAUCAUUUUUCUCCGAAACGGAAUACUUGUACGCAACAGAUACACAAACAAAUGUGACAAUUGUCAUUAGUGAAACAGCAUACUUUAUAUUAAACGAACAAAAGCCGAUCGCAAAGCAAACCGAAGUUAUUUUUCACACUCUAUUAUUUACAUUUGUUAUUCUCGAUAUUUUCACCUUAAUAUUUCUUUUAUUUAAACUCGUGUUCAUUCCGUUGUUCGAACUUGUGGUGAGAACAGUUUACGAUAGAACGAUGAAAUUGAAUACUCCACCCGCUGACUACGAAGAAACAGUAGCCGGGUUAAAAAAUGAGGGUAGGACUACUGAGAAAGAUCAGCCCAUGUUUACAGUUUUAUAA